GUUCGGUAACCGCGUGCAGUGGGAGUUGCAGCCCUCGUGAGCGAAGAGUAACCGAAAGAACGGGCUUGUAUUCAGUCUGUCCGCGGCCGUCCGUCAAGCAGACGUCUCCGACUUUCGCGUGACCGCGGUUCGUUCGAGCGUUCGCCAGUGUUUCGCCUCGCCGGUACCGGGAAAAGCCUCGCAGAAGGCACAUGUUCUCCGUCCGAUCGCUACCACCCUGAACCCUUUCACCUCGUUAUCAUUCUUAUCACUGUACGCCCUUAUGACACACGUUCAUCGCGUUGAAUCCGUGGAACGAUCGAGUCGGUGAUCAAGUGGUCAGAGACGUGUCGACAUGUGGUUCGCGAAUUUUUUCACAGGCCUGAUCGGCCUCGUCUUGAUCGUCGGUUCGCCACCCUGGUGCUCCGAUGCGUUUAACGUUGAAACGAAACACUAUGCGGUUUACAGAAUUGACAGCCAGUCCAUGUUUGGAUUUGCCGUCUCGGUGUACAGGGACAGAGUCGGCAGAGGAUGGGCAAUCGUCGGUGCGCCGGAGGCACAGACUGGUCAAGAGAGCGUAUAUAGAGGCGGUGCUGUCUACAAGUGCGAUAUCGCGGCCGAUGAUCGCUGUUCAAUGAUCAACUUCGACAAUAAAGGAAAUAACCAAGUUCGAAAUCCGAACGCGCCGGGUGGCUUGAGCCAGAUCGAUAAUAAGACCCUGCAGUGGUUCGGUGCCACGGUUUCGUCUUCGUUGGUGGACGGAGGACCCAUAAUGGCGUGCGCCCCGAGAUACAUCUGGUUCUCAGUGUCCCAGCCGAAGUCCGAUCCGGUUGGCAAUCGAAGGGAACCCGUAGGCACCUGCUGGGUGGCCACCAACAACUUCGACGAUUCGCAGGAGUUUUCACCUUGUCGAACUAGGUACUGGGGAUACCAUAGACAGGGUUCCUGUCAAGCCGGCUUGGGCGCUGCUAUCUCUAAGAACGGUGAGAGGCUCUUCAUCGGGGCGCCAGGCAGUUGGUACUGGCAAGGUCAAAUGUACUCGAUCAGCACCGCUAUGAGGUUGAAGUUCGUAGCGUCGAUGUUGUUCGCCCCUGAAGCAGAAGGCCAAGCGUUUUCACAGCCGUUGAACAGUCGUACGAGAGUAAUGUUCACGAAGGAAGGGCCGGCCACUGAGGACGAUAGCUACAUGGGUUACUCUGUCACGACCGGGGAUUUUAUUGGAAACGGUGACAGCGGCACCGCCGUCGGCGUACCUCGUGGCUCCGAUCUCCUCGGCAAGGUCAUUCUCUUCACCUCGAACAUGACGAAUCCUCGCAAUAUCACCGGGGAACAAAUGGGCGCUUAUUUCGGUUACGCCGUUGCUUCCGGUGACGUCGACGGCGAUGGGUUGGACGAUCUCAUAGUCGGUGCGCCUAUGUACACGGUGCCGGAUAACCCGGAAAUGACCAUCGAAACCGGAAGGGUCUAUGUGAUCUAUCAAGGCAGCGGACCCGAAAAAUUCCGCAAAGUCGAUUCUAGAGACGGGGAGAGCAACCGAGGACGAUUCGGGUUGUCACUAGCCUCGCUCGGGGACAUCGACCGUGACGGCUACGGCGACUUCGCGGUGGGUGCUCCUUACGGUGGUCUACGAGGUCGCGGAGCGGUGUACAUCUACCACGGUUCGCCGACCGGCGUGCUGGAAAAAUAUUCCCAAGUGAUCGACGCUGAGAAUCUCGACGUGCCGAUUCGCACUUUCGGAUUUUCCGUGGCCGGCGGCCUCGACCUGGACGGAAAUCGUUAUCCCGAUCUGGUGGUUGGCGCCUACGAUUCCGGCGCCGCUGUGUUCUUCAGAUCUCGGCCGGUGAUCAAGAUGGACUCCUACGUGUCCUUCGAUCAAGAAUCGAAACUGAUUUCACUGAGCGACCCGAAUUGCACGUUGUCAGACGGAAGCAGAGUCACUUGCUUCCCCUUGAAAGCUUGUUUCAAAUAUACCGGCGAAGGGGUCUUCGCGAGGCAUAAUUUUAACAUUCAAUACGUGCUGGACGUGAAGAAGACUAAAAGUCCAAGACUGUUCUUCUUGGAGCUCGAAGGAAGGAACAUGAUGAAUCGCACGAUCAUCGUGGAGAAGGAUCAGCAAUUCUGUCGCACGGUUCAGGUGUACGUGACGCCUAACAUUCGCGACAAGCUGACGUCUCUGGACGCGGAGAUGAGAAUGAGCCUCGACGAAGAACGGUACGAGGACAACCGAGCGCGAGACCCGAAGAUCGGGCUUAGACCCGUUCUCGGCUCGACGACGUCCAGGAAGGACUCUCUGUCCAUCAGAAAGAACUGCGGCCCCGACAACGUGUGCAUUCCGGAUCUUCAAAUGAGCGUGACAUCGAACGUGCACAAGUACCUGCUGGGCUCCGGCGAACGUCUCAAGCUAGACGUUCUAGUGGAGAACAGGGGCGAGGACGCUUUCGAGUCGACAUACAACUUGCAACUACCAGCCGGUAUCGAUUACAUCAAAGUGGAGAAGAUCGAGGUGAUGGGUGUGCCUGUUCAAUGUUCGGCGCCGAAACAGUCGAACAACAACACCCUUCGCUGCGACAUCGGCAAUCCGUUGCAAAAGAACGGAAUGGUGAAAUUCAGGGUGUUGUUACAGCCCGUCACGUCGCACGGUAUGAAACCUGUGUACGAAUUCGAAAUGGACGUGAACACUACUAACCCGGAGAAUCCGAACACGAUCGGAGACAAUCAGUACUCUCUGAAAUUGCCAAUUUGGAUCGAGACGAAUUUGCGCAUAGACGGCGAGAGCAAACCGAAGGAUUUGUAUUACAAUCCUGAUAAUUAUACCAGCGAGGUGAACGUCACUACGGAGGCAGAGUUCGGACCGGCUAUGACCCAUAAUUAUACGAUUAGGAACCAAGGUCCAUCGGACGUCGUCGAAGCGGAAGCUUUUCUCGUUUGGCCUGCGCAAACCUUGGCUGGGAACGAGUUACUGUAUUUGCUGGAGCAGCCUGAGACUUCUGGACCUAUAGCUUGCGAGCCUGCGAACGCGAAUUACCUGAGCUUGAAGUUGGAGCAACGUAAAAGACUGUACCAUCACUCGGACCCGUCUGGAGUAAUCUUGGACGAGUCCCCGUCGGGCAGGACGAUCAACGUGCAACGGGGAUUCGAGGUGGACAAAAGUAAACUGCAGAAGGAAGUGGAGAUCCAUACUGGAGACAGUUCGGACGUCCAGAAAUCUCGUCACUCGUCAUCGUCGUCAACCAAAGUGAUCACUAGCGAGACGAAUAGAUUUCAGUUAUCCAACACGGGGAAUGAGCCAAACGUCUUGAUCACGACCUACACUCAGAACACUUCGGGGACUGGCUCCGUGAGUACCGGGGAUUUGAGCGCCGGGAACAGAGGAGUGAUCUUCCACACAGAGUCCGGUGGUUACAGCGACACUCUCGGCAGUGGUUUCCGGCCCACGGAUAGCAGCAGUACUCUGGGAAUGAGAGUUCCUGGUUACGAGAGUCACGGAACACGCGUGAAUCAGAGUUUUGAGGCUCGCUGGGGCGAGGCCAGCGUUUCUAGAGAUCGCACGUUCCAAUCGGGCACGACCGAAGCUAAUGUGAACUACAGCGACGACAGAAGACACCAAGAGUUAUUAAGAAGGCAGCAAGAAGAACAACGCGUCAGACAAGAAGAAGAGGCUCGACUGGAGCAUCUGAGGAAAAAGAACGAGAUGCUGGCCGUGCAACGGCAGAGAGAGGAGCAGGAACGUCUGUAUUAUCAGAGGCAACAGGAAACGGAACUGAGAAGGAAACAAGAGGAAGAGCGAAGGAGGCAAGAGGCAGAGGCUCGAAGACUGGAGGAAGAAAGGAGAGUAGAGCAAGCAGAGAUUCGAAGACAGGAGGAAGAGAAAAGGAGAGAGGAGCAAGCGGAGAUUCGAAGACAGGAGGAAAGGACAAGAUUGGAGGAGGAGAGGAGAUACGGUAGUUCUUCUAUGGGGCAUCAAGUGACGGAGAGCGGGAUCGUCACUGGUAAUCGGGAAGAGACUGUUCGGGGAGGAGAGUUCGGGUUCCAGUUGCGUAACGUCACUUCCACUCAGGAAUUGGAAAGAUUGUUCGGUUCUCUGUCGCAGUCUGCGAGCGGUUAUGAGCUGUACAACAGACAAGGCAAACAUUUCGUUCAGUUCAUGUCAAGAUUCAGAACUUCGGCCGAUAGGAGAGAUUACAUCGAAUUCCAGGACGGUUCUGUGUUCCCUCUUCAGGAUCGUUCCGGAGGUCCUAGUUACGUCUCUGACGCGUCCGAGGGGAGAGACAGCAGAUUUUUGAAAACAGAGGGUGAGCUUUUAGUCGAUUCUAGUGGAAAGGGUUUCAUCGUAUUGAAAGACGGCAGGAGGUUCCCACUUCAGGGUUCUUUCUCCUACUCUGAAGAACGAACUUAUAAUAUUCCACAAUCGGGCUACGAAUCGAAGGAUUACAGCACGUCGUGGAACGAAGAGCCUGGUCAAGAGAACGUAGAAAAGGAAUACGAGUCUAGAUAUUCUAGCACUCACGAAGAAAGGCGAACGGAAGAUCGAAGAGUGACCAGUAGAAUUUAUGGCAGGGACAAUCACGAAAAUUUGAACGAGGACGAAGAACCGUUCGGGGAUUCGAACACGUACGAGAAAUCUAGAUACAAACGGGAAAGUGAUAUGGUCGAUGUGAACGAGUUUAUAAAGUUCGAGAGGCUUCAUAGAAAACCCAGAGAUCUCGAGAACGAUCCCUUCUUGAGUCAAGGGUCAUUGGAGUCCGGGAAAGAACCCGAAAACACUCUUAAAUCGCUAGGGUCGGGUAGUCCUUGCGAUAGCGUAAAAUGUGUUACGCUGAGAUGCGUUUUGGGCCCCUUGAAAAAGGAUCAGGAAGUCUGGAUUGCGGCCAGGUACAGGGUGGACGCGAGGACAUUGAAUAAAGCCGUGCCUCAAGAGAAAGUGAGAGUGUCGACUAAAUUAGUGGCUCGAGUCACUAAGCAACCGUUCAUAGGCACACCUGCCGAACAGGUGACCAAAAGUCACGAAAUUAAGACGAACGUCGAGCCGAGUAUAACACCAUCUGCGCCGGACGUUAUUCCACUCUGGGUCGUGGUACUGGCCGCCUGUGCUGGAGCCAUCAUCCUGUUGCUGCUUAUCUUCCUUCUCUACAAGUGUGGAUUCUUUAAGAGGAACAGGCCCACGGACGCCCCGGAGAGGCAACCAUUAAAUAGAAAUGGUCAUUUCCAGCAGGGUGACGAUCAUUGAACAACGAGCGAAGAGUCGAUCAGUGGAACGAAUUCUCAAAAAUAAGCCAAGAAAUGCCUUGAUCCUCUCUUCAUCAUAGAAAACCUAAAUCGCGAGUGCCUUUGCAAACGAGGAAACUGCCGUGAAAGAGGUUUUUCUCUACUGCCACUGAAUACUCCUUCCAGCUCGAUAAUGCAAGUCUCUAGUCAGGAGGUUUUUCUUUAUUAUAUCUUUUUUAAACUAAUUAAUUUACUUAAGCUGCUCGUUCGGCAACGAGCAACGACCGAUUCGCUGUGAAGGCUGAAGGGAUGGUCUCCAGAAAAUGCGUUUAUGACUCGAGUACACAGACUGUACUUGUUUCUUACUUCGAAACGAAACUGCUUACUUUCAAGAACUCGAAAGACGAUCGAACGAACUCUUCUGAUAAAAUAUGAUUACGAUCAGAAUGACUCGGAGAAAAGAGAAUGGUUUCUCAUGUACAGAAAUCUCAUACGUCGUUGACAUAUUUUUUCUGUCUCUUAAAACGAAGUACAGCUAACGUCGAUUAUUUAUUAAACACUAUUUCUAUACUAUAACAUCGAAUAACGUAUAAGAUACAGCGUUGUAACAUGAAACCGGGACUUGCCUCGGUUCUAUAUGUGUAUAAUCUUGUAAAUUAUAGAUUUGUUACUAAAAAAUGUUCAGAGAGGAGUUGAGCUAACGCAUAUUAAUAACUGUGUAGAAAGUAAACGAAUAUCGACAAAAAAAACGGGAAUGUAGGAACUGAUUUGUACAUACAGACUUAAGAUGAAAUAUUAAAAUGAAAAGAUAUACAUAA